CAGGGUGUCAUUGAUCGGGGACGGAGGGAGGCGCCGCGUGACGGCGUGCAUUUCUGGCGCACAACAGAAUGCUAAAGGGACUGGUGAAGUUUAGUCACUGGAAGUGUUGGCAACCCGUAAACAAUCCAUCAUGGCUGCGCCCGCAGAUGAGAAAGAGAGUGCAGAGUCACUCCUGGCUGAGACACAGAAGAAGAUAGCUGAUGCAUUUGAUAUUUUUGACCACGAAUCCAACAAAACUGUGGAUGUCAGAGAGGUAGGCACAAUCAUCAGAUCGCUCAAUUGUUGCCCAAGUGAGGGCGAGCUCCAUGACUUGCUGGCCGAGAUGGAAGAGGAGGAACCUACCGGUUACAUUCGCUUUGAUCGGUUUCUGCAGACAAUGACCGAAGUGUUGAUGGCAAGAAAGUUUAAACCAUCACCCGAAGAUCAGCUCCAAAAGGCAUUUGAGGUUCUUGAUACAGACAAGAAGGGAUAUUUAACAGUUGAAGAACUUACAAAGUACAUGACAGAGGAAGCGGAGCCGUUCACCCAGGAGGAACUUGAAGAAAUGUUAUCAGCAGCAGUAGACCCAGAUAAAGGUGUCAUUCUGUACAAGGAUUACGCCUCACUCAUGGCUGUGGAUGAGACUGCGUGAUACAUGGCAGUAAUAGGUUCAAUUGUAAAUACCUUGUAAUUAGACUGGAAUCAGAAUGUUAUGGCCGCUGUUGGAGUAGAGGGUUUGCAUGGCUGCCAUCUUACUGGCCAAUGUUUUGUUCCACAGGGCAUGCACAAAGGAAGUUCCCAGUGGAACACAAGAACUGCCCUGCAAGAUGGCUACCAUGCAAAGCCUCUAUUGACAGGUGUGCCUGUGGGAGCCAGUGGCUUUGAGGCCAGAGCCAUUUCCCCAUAGUAUGUAUGUGACAAGCAGUCACUGACUAAUGGCUGCGCCAUUUGUCAUAGGUAUAUGUGUGACUCCACCACAGCCAGUCGAGCUGGACGUGACCUUAUACAUGUAUACAUACAUGUAUAUUAAUCUGACUCCACCAAUUUUCCUGCUUGAUUCAGUUCAACCUCGUUAAUAAGAGCACUGUUCAUACAACAUUCUGCUUAUUUAUAACAAGGAAAAUUUUAGGUCCCAAUCCUUUGUUCUUCAUUGUUUUCAUUCCUGUUACAAGGUUCCUGUUGCAACAAAGUAAUCUGCAAAGUCCCUGGGACCUCUUACUAACGAGGCUCCAUUGCAUCUAUAUGACCUUGCCCACACCUAGCCCAAUGGAACACUCCUUGAACAAAAUUGGCAUGUCCAAGUCCAAUUGGCAUGGCUCAAGGCUACAAAUGGAAACAUAACAGGCUCCAUGGCUAGUAUCUGCAGUCACUUCUCACAGAUGCCUGUAUAUGUACAAAUAGGUCACUUGGGAGACAUUUUGU